CGUCCACUAGUUUCCUUAACGACACAGAUCUCUCUCAUCUCAUCAAUCAUCAUCAUCAAUGAUGUUUCUCUCCUCGCCGACGAUGCAGAAAGGAAUAUUCGUGAGCGUUCCGGUACUCGUCCUCUCCGUUUCCUUCGCAGCUGCCGUCUUCUUCCUCCUCUCCUCCUCCUCCUGCUCAUGUCCUUCUUCUCCGAACAUAGCUUCCCUCGGAGGAAGCGUUAGUGACGUGAGAUUAGAGGAGAGGAUAUCGACGACGCGAGAGGAUAUAGAGUGGGUUAGAGAUCUGAUUAGAUCGAAUGGUUUGCAUAUGCAGAAGAAUGAGCUUAGGAAAGGCAUCAAUCCUCGCACUAGAGAUCAACAACUCGCAGAUCUAAGACAGUACAAGGGUAUAUCUCAUUACGAAGGAGACGAAGCAAACAACCACACAGCUCUUCCAUGCCCUGGUGAGUUACUAGUCGAGCAGCAUCACAGCAACUACGGUGAGCCGUGGGCAGGUGGCCGCGACGUAUUCGAGUUCUUGGCUCAAUCAUCCAAUCUCAAACCAAACUCUCGCGUCCUCGAAAUCGGAUGCGGCACCUUACGAGUCGGUUUGCAUUUCAUCCGCUAUCUCGAUCCAAGACACUUCCACUGCCUUGAAAGAGACGAGCUUUCUCUAAUGGCUGCUUUGAGAUACGAGCUUCCAUCACAAGGUCUUCUACACAAACGGCCUCUUAUACUCAGAGGAGAAGAUAUGGAGUUCAGCAAGUUUGGCUCGGAUGUAAGCUAUGAUCUUAUAUACGCGAGUGCGGUCUUUCUUCACAUGCCUGAUAAGCUCGUGUGGACUGGACUCGAGAGGCUGGUGGAGAAGUUAAAGCCUUAUGAAGGGAGGAUCUUUGUGUCGCAUAAUGUCAAGUUUUGUUCAAGGUUAGGUGGAGACGAGUGUGGAAAGAAGCUAGCGAGUUUGGGGCUUGAGUAUCUUGGUAAACAGACACAUGAUAGCUUGCUGUUUAAUCACUACGAGAUCUGGUUUGGGUUUAGACGGGUGAAACCAUAAAAAAAACAAAAAUUUGUCGGAAGUAGUUUAAAUAUGGGUUUGGUGACACGCCAUUGCUCUCCAUUAUCUGAGGAUUGGAUCAGAACUUGAAGGAGAGAAACGUCCACAAAAGCUUUGAAGUACACUCACUGGUUUUUUGGUCAGAGAGAUACGUGUAUUGUGCAUGUAAUAGCCAAAUGAUAUAAGAUACGAGAGUAGAUUCAUAUUAUUCUGUAACCAAAAAAUAUUGUUUUCAUAUUUCAAGAGUUGUUACCUUUUGUUUGUUUA